UUUUUUUUGCUACCAGCUUCCAUUUGGUCAAUCCCCAUCCAAACCCUAGCUGCCUCUUGCUGAGAGACUGCUUGCGAUUGAGUCUCAUUUCUGCGACAAUGUCUACCAGUGAGAUUGCUUGCACCUACGCCUCUUUGAUCCUCCAGGACGAUGGAAUCGCAAUCACUGCGGAUAAGAUUGCAACAUUGGUGAAAUCAGCAGGCGUCACUGUUGAGUCAUACUGGCCCAGUCUUUUUGCGAAGCUUUCAGAGAAGAGGAACAUUGAGGAUCUCAUUCUGAAUGCUGCUAGUGGUGGUGGCGGUGCUGCCCCCGUAGCAGUGGCCGCUCCUGCCGCCGGUGGUGCUGCUGCUGCCGUCGCUCCUAAAGUUGAGGAAAAGGAAGAGGCGAAGGAAGAGAGUGAAGAUGACUUGGGAUUCAGCUUGUUUGAUUAGGUUUUCUGCGGAUUUGUUCUUUUCUUUUCAUUGUUAGGCAGUUUAGGACACAAGUGGUGACCUAGUUGAAUUUUGGUCUUGUUUUGAUAAUUUUUAUUCGAGUGAUGCAUCUUGACAUGACUAUUAAAUCCAUUUAUGGAGUUCUGAUUCAUAGCUAGCAGGAAUUUUAUGAAA